CUGGGCGGGGAGGGUGACAAGCUGAACACAUUGGGGCCUGGUGGGAUAUAAAUAUAAGCUGGGGUGUGUCCAGGUGUCUUCUGAUCAUUCACCAGACACCAUGAGACUGCUGGCUCUGCUGCUGAUGGUUGGAGCUGCUGUGGCAGUUCCCCAUGAAGAUGGACGGAUCAUUGGCGGGCAGGAGUGUGAGCCUCACUCUCGUCCAUACAUGGCCUCCCUCAACUAUGGCUACCACUUCUGUGGUGGGGUGCUCAUCAACAAGCAGUGGGUGCUCUCUGUUGCACACUGUUGGUACAAUCCCUAUGCCAUGCAGAUCAUGCUGGGAGAACACGAUGUGCGAGUGUUUGAGGGCACUGAGCAGCUCAUGAAGACCGACACCAUCAUCUGGCACCCUAGUUAUGACUACCAGACUCUGGAUUAUGACAUCAUGCUGAUCAAGCUCUUCCACCCUGUGGAGGUGACCGAGGCAGUCGCACCCAUCCCAUUGCCCACAGGGUGCCCAAUGGGGGGGCUCCCCUGCUCUGUGUCUGGCUGGGGAAACACUGCCAUGAAUGGCGAAGUGAACAUGCCCACCCGUCUGCAGUGUUUGGACGUGCCCAUAGUUGAUGACAAAGACUGUGAAAACGCCUAUCCUGGCAUGAUCACACGCAGGAUGGUGUGUGCCGGAUACAUGGAUGGAGGCAGAGAUGCGUGCAAUGGUGACUCUGGCAGCCCUUUGGUAUGUGCUGGAGAAGUCCACGGCCUGGUGUCAUGGGGUCAGGGAUGUGCCCUACCUAACUACCCAGGUGUCUAUGUCAAAGUGUGUGAGUUUCUCUACUGGAUUCAAGACACCCUGGCAGCCAACCCCUGAAGAAAUGACCUGUUUUCCUUCCUCACAUCUUCCAUUUGCUUUCCUCUUUUCCCUGCCCUAUGUGUUACCAUUCAUCCCUAUUUUCAGCCCCAACUUUCAUUUUUCUUUCUUUCUCUGUUGACUUGUCUCCUUUGACAGUUUCUCCCUCACACAUCCAGACUCAACACACAUAUGCCAGAAUGUAGAAAGCACAAUAAAACCACUUGGUAUGUA